UUAUUUUAACUGUAUAAAUCUAACUAAUUAGAAUCCAAAUAAAUAGUUUACAUAUCAAAGGUUAAGCAGUUUUUAACCCUUAUUUUUAAUUAGAUAAACUUUUUCCAAUGUAACAAGUUUAGCUAAUAAGGUAUAAUUGAACAGUUGAGUUCAUCAAACAACAGUAACAUUUUAUCUGUUGAGUUUAAAUACUAUCCAAGACUAAAUAAUAUUGAUCAUAGUAUAUACUAAUAAAAGUUUGCAAUGUAUUUUUUAAAUCCCAAACCUUUUAAACAUAUUAAAUGUUUUUAUUUCAGUCUUAGAAAAAGCAGUAGUUUUUUAAUUAAUGACGAUAAAUAUUCAUUCCUCAAAGAACUUGGUUUGAAAGAAGAAAAUUCUGGUGUGUAUGAUGGAAAAUGGAAUGCAAACGGAAAUAUGACAACAUCAGUAUGUCCUGCAAAUGGUCUACCAAUAGCUUCGGUGCAAAAUGGUAAUACAGAAGAUUAUGAUAGAUGUGUAUCUAAUGCUCUUGAUGCAUGGAAGUAUUGGUCUGAUAUACCUGCGCCAAAAAGAGGAGAAAUUGUUAGACAAAUUGGUGUUGCUUUAAGACAAAAAAUAGAACCACUUGGAAAAUUGGUAUCGUUGGAAAUGGGUAAAAUUUUGGGGGAAAGUAUAGGCGAAGUACAAGAGUAUAUUGAUGUUUGUGAUUAUGCUGUUGGCAUUUCAAGAAUGUUUAAUGGUUCAAUAUUUCCUUCUGAAAGACCAAAUCAUGUUAUGCUUGAACAGUGGAAUCCCUUAGGUUUAGUAGGAAUUAUAAGUGCAUUUAAUUUUCCUGUUGCCGUUUAUGGUUGGAAUAGUGCUAUAUCUAUGGUAUGUGGAAACUCAGUGAUUUGGAAAGGAGCACCAACAACUUCUCUUACUUCAGUGGCCACUACUAAAAUUAUUACAUCAGUUUUAGAAAAGAAUAAUAUUCCUGGGGCUAUUUUAUCAUUAUGUACAGGUGAUGUUGAUAUUGGAGUGUCAAUGGUUAAUGAUAAACGAGUAAAUUUAGUUUCCUUUACUGGAAGUAGUUCAGUUGGUCAAAAAGUUGGUGUUGAAGUACAAAAGAGAUUUGGUCGUGUAUUAUUGGAAUUAGGUGGUAAUAAUGCUAUUAUUGUUACACCGAAUGCUAAUCUUGAAAUGGUAUCGCAGUCAGUGGUAUUUGCAUGCUGUGGAACAGCUGGUCAAAGAUGUACUACUACUAGAAGAUUAAUUUUACAUAAAUCAAUUUACAAUACUGUUUUAGUAAAUUUAGUCAAAGCAUAUUCUAAUGUCCUAAAAAGAUUAGGUGAUCCUCUUGAUGAAAAUACUCUUUAUGGUCCUAUGCAUUCAUUAACAGCCAUUGAUAAUUUUAAACAAACAGUAUCGGAAGCAAUUGAAGCUGGAGGACAAGUUGAAUUUGGAGGAAAAGUAAUAAAUAGAUCUGGUUAUUUUGUAGAACCUACUAUUAUAUCUGGCUUAAAGUAUGAUUCACCUGUAGUAUGUCGUGAAACAUUUGCUCCUAUUGUUUAUGUAUUGAAGUAUGAUACUUUAGAAGAGGCUAUUUCAUGGAACAAUAGUGUAGAUCAAGGAUUGGCAUCUAGUAUCUUUACCAAUGAUAUUGGAACAGUAUUUAAAUGGAUUGGUCCUAAAGGAUCAGAUUGUGGUAUUGUUAAUGUCAAUAUACCAACAAAUGGAGCUGAAAUUGGUGGUGCAUUUGGUGGUGAAAAACAUACUGGUGGAGGACGAGAAUCUGGAUCUGAUUCUUGGAAACAAUAUAUGAGAAGGUCAACUAUUACACUCAAUCAUGGAUCUGGAUUAACUUUAGCUCAAGGCAUUAAAUUUGAAUAACUAAAAAUUUUAACAUUUAUUUUUAAAAUAAAUCAAAAUCAGAUAUUAAUUAAGAAUAUA